AUGAAGAUGACAGCGAAAAUCGAAGACCUUACAGGCCGCCCCUACAUGCUGGACAAUUUUGAGGAAAGUUGGGAUGGCAUCCACUUAGUUGACCUCGAUGGGAACGUCCAGAAAUUCGAUGCGGAACCAUUUUUUCAUGUCCACGUCGCGAACAAUUUUGAGAAUGAAACGGGUGUAGUAAUGGAUCUCGGGGCUUUCUCCACGCUCCCGUUUGCCAAGUCCCCUCAGUUGGACAUUGGCAUGUUCAACAACAAAACGGCCCGCGACGGAAUUGCUGAUCGCGGGGAACUUCGCCGCUACGUUCUCCACUUGCAUGGAGAAAAGAAGGGACAGGUCACGUGGCAGGCCGUUUCAGCACCCGGCCGUUCUGUCGAUUUCUUCAAGAUCAACGACAAGUGGAACGGCUUGGCCUACCGGUACGUCUAUUCUGUCGAGUGGUUCCACGACGGCAGGACGUAUGCGAGCAUGGCUGUCGUCAAGCAGAACAUGCGCACAGGUGAGAGGGCGUACUGGACGGCCAAAGACAAUUACCCAGGCGAGCCCUUCUUCAUCCCAGGCCCAGGCCCUGCUGAGGACGAUGGCCUCGUCAUCUUUGUCGUCCUCGACGGGCCAAAGGGCAUCUCGAAGCUGGUGAUGCUCGACGGCAAGACGUUUGAAGAAGUCACUACGGUCAAGCUGCCGCAGCACAUUCCGUUCACUGCACAUGGCCAGUUUAUCCAAACCGCUGCAAACAAGGCCUCCAGGGCAAUGGAGGAAGGCAGCCGGUUGAGAGAUGUUGCUUUCGUGGUCUGA